GUGUGCAUAUGCAUCUUCGUUGGUUAUUUGAUGCGCUUAAAAGUGUUUUAAGAUUUUAUUUUUUCAAAUAUUGUAGCAUAUGUGUUGGAAAUUUCGUUUUCUCCGUUGGACGAAACGGUGUCGCACUGACCUGUUUUGAAUAACAAAGAUGAUCUCCACCAAAAACCGGACCAGAGAAAAUUAGUUAAAGGAAAAACGAAACGGUGGUUGGAACUUGGAACAAGGAGGAUGCAUGGCAAUCCCAAACCCCUGUCUCGUCUCUCUUCCACGUUCCCACUCCCUCCCAACCCCAAACCCUAACUCCAUAACCCUCAAUAACGACCGAUAUUUCGCCAACCACCCGACACUUUCACUCAUCGACCAAUGCUCCGAAACGAAACAGUUGAAGCAAAUCCAUGCCCAGAUGCUCCGUACUGGUCUCUUCUUCGACCCCUUCUCCGCCAGUAGACUCAUCACCGCCGCCGCUCUCUCUCCCUUCCCCAGCCUCGAUUAUGCCCAGCAAGUGUUCGACCAAAUUCCCCACCCAAAUCUCUACACUUGGAACACACUCAUUCGCGCUUAUGCUUCCAGUUCUAAUCCCCAUCAGAGCCUCUUAAUCUUCUUACGAAUGCUUCAUCAAUCUCCUGAUUUUCCUGACAAAUUCACUUUCCCUUUUCUGAUCAAAGCCGCGUCGGAACUUGAGGAGUUGUUUACAGGGAAGGCUUUUCAUGGAAUGGUGAUUAAGGUGUUGCUGGGUUCGGACGUCUUCAUUCUUAAUUCUCUGAUUCAUUUUUACGCCAAGUGUGGAGAGUUGGGUUUGGGGUAUAGAGUUUUUGUGAAUAUACCUAGGAGGGAUGUUGUUUCUUGGAAUUCGAUGAUUACAGCUUUUGUGCAGGGGGGUUGUCCGGAGGAGGCAUUGGAGUUGUUUCAGGAAAUGGAGACGCAGAAUGUGAAACCUAAUGGCAUAACAAUGGUGGGGGUUUUGUCAGCUUGUGCCAAGAAGUCGGAUUUUGAGUUUGGGAGGUGGGUGCAUUCGUAUAUUGAGAGGAACAGGAUUGGUGAGAGCUUGACUUUGAGUAAUGCUAUGCUUGAUAUGUAUACAAAGUGUGGGAGUGUUGAGGAUGCAAAAAGGUUGUUUGAUAAGAUGCCGGAGAAGGAUAUUGUCUCAUGGACAACUAUGCUCGUUGGGUAUGCUAAAAUAGGGGAGUAUGAUGCGGCUCAGGGUAUUUUUGAUGCAAUGCCUAAUCAAGAUAUUGCUGCAUGGAAUGCCCUCAUAUCUGCCUACGAACAGUGUGGUAAGCCAAAGGAGGCUUUGGAGCUUUUCCAUGAAUUGCAGCUGAGCAAAACUGCAAAACCUGAUGAGGUCACUCUUGUUAGCACACUUUCGGCUUGUGCUCAGUUGGGAGCAAUGGAUUUAGGUGGAUGGAUCCAUGUGUACAUAAAGAAGCAGGGAAUGAAGUUAAACUGCCAUCUCACUACCUCACUUAUUGACAUGUACUGUAAGUGCGGGGAUCUGCAGAAGGCACUCAUGGUAUUUCAUUCAGUGGAAAGGAAAGAUGUGUUUGUUUGGAGUGCCAUGAUUGCAGGUUUGGCAAUGCAUGGGCAUGGCAAGGAUGCAAUAGCUUUGUUUUCAAAAAUGCAAGAGGAUAAGGUCAAGCCCAAUGCUGUGACUUUUACUAAUAUACUAUGUGCUUGUAGCCAUGUGGGAUUAGUGGAGGAAGGCAGGACUUUCUUCAAUCAAAUGGAGCUAGUUUAUGGGGUUUUGCCUGGAGUCAAGCAUUAUGCUUGUAUGGUUGAUAUUCUUGGUCGAGCAGGCCUGUUGGAAGAAGCUGUGGAAUUGAUAGAGAAAAUGCCAAUGGCCCCAGCUGCUUCUGUAUGGGGGGCCCUGCUUGGAGCCUGUACAAUUCAUGAAAAUGUAGUACUCGCUGAACAGGCUUGUAGCCAGCUGAUUGAGUUAGAGCCUGGAAAUCAUGGAGCCUAUGUACUCUUAUCAAAUAUAUAUGCUAAAGCAGGGAAAUGGGAUAGAGUUUCUGGGUUAAGGAAGCUUAUGAGGGAUGUUGGACUGAAGAAAGAACCAGGUUGUAGCUCAAUAGAGGUUGAUGGUAUUGUUCAUGAGUUUCUAGUGGGAGAUAAUUCCCAUCCUUCAGCCAAGAAAAUCUAUGCGAAGCUGGAUGAGAUUGUGGCAAGAUUAGAAACCAUUGGAUAUGUGCCAAACAAGUCCCACCUACUACAGCUUGUUGAAGAAGAAGAUGUGAAAGAGCAGGCACUAUUCCUUCACAGUGAGAAGUUAGCAAUUGCUUUUGGGCUUAUUAGUACAGGCCAAUCUCAACCAAUUCGAAUUGUGAAGAAUCUCCGAGUUUGUGGGGACUGCCACUCAGUUGCGAAGCUUGUGUCCAAGCUUUAUGAUAGAGAGAUUCUUUUGAGAGACCGGUAUAGGUUCCACCAUUUCAGAGAAGGGCAUUGCUCAUGUAUGGAUUAUUGGUGAUUAUGAAAGAAUUAUUCAUCAAGAGUAUGGAUUGUUGUCGAUUAUGGAAGAAUUAGUUAUGAAGAUUUCACCCAGUCCCAUUAUGAUGUUACUAGUGCUCGGAAGAGUAUUUACAUUCGAGAAGCACCAAGAGCCCAAGUUCAGUUGAAGUCUUGGGGAACAAUGGUAUCCCAUGUUUUCUAUAAAGCUAAAGGUGAAAGGUAUGAUUCAAGCCUUCUCUUCCACUGGUGUCAUCUGGAAGAUUCUACCCUGAAGUCCUCCAUUAAGCUUUAGAUUGGUUGGUGGUUGGAUGGUGACCCAAAGGAAUACUAGGUCAAGCUAAUUUUUGGAGGAGAUGAGUUGUUGAUUUAGUAACUCCUGUGUUGCGUCUUUUUUCCCAUGAAUUCUUUUCAAGAAGCACUUUAUUAGAAGUGAAAUGUCAUUUAACAUGUCUUUUAACUUUUUCA